GACGACGAAUCACCGGAGGCACGACACUCGCGCGAACGACGCGCGACGAUAUCUAAACGACGAGGCUCGGCACUCUCUCGUUUCUUCGCACGAAAACGAAACAGAGUCGCCGGCAUUUCGGCUCGCGCAUUUGGAUUCCCAUCGUUGCUCCUGUUGCCGGUAAAAAGAAACAAUGACACGAAAUCCGGUGAGUGUUCGCCGUUGAAUACGCACAGCGGAGCCCGUCGCGACGACAGGGGUCGUUGUCGGAGGAAAUUUGAAAGUUCGAAGUGUGCCGUGCACGAAAUCCAAACUCGGUGACCCAGAAACGACCUGCGAGCGGUAACUUUAUCAUCGGCAGACGAAUCUCGCAACGGUGCCAAGAGAAAAAACCGAUCCAGGGGGCCGAGGAAUGCGAACGUUGUUCUUUCGACUCGGUACGUGAGUACGAGCCACUCUUGCGGUCUAGAAACGUACACCGCGACGAGACACCCGGCGACGGUUACGAAAUUCGCGCCACGGAACCGGAUCCUUCCGGCUAGAAGGGUUUGCGUAAGCUCCUCACACGGACCGUGUGUUUACCUCGAGAAGAGCACUUAGUUUUUUCAAACCGACCACCGAGCGUCGACUGAGAAGAAAAAAAUAAUCGAAUUUCGAAGAAGAGGAUCGAGGAGAGAGACAGGAGUCGAAGGGUCCCUGUCGACUGCUGGGUACCGAGUCUAUCCCAUGGUGUCGCGUCUCUAUGAUCCACUUUGUCCGCGGCGGAACACGCGGCAGCCGGCCGAUAGCGUAUCCCUGUCUAUAAAGCUCGUGGUCGCGGCCCGCCGUGGAGUUGACGCACUGGCCACGAUCGUUGCGCGAUAACUCGUGUUUUUUGGAACGCACGCGGUCGUGUGUGUGGGACUCGGUCGCGUUUCGUGCUCGCGAUUCACGUUGGAUUUCGAACGGAUCCCGGGACGAGUCGGGGAAACGUGCGUCGUUGGUGCGGUGAGGUAAAGCGACGGGAUACAACACAGUGUUGAGUGACUACUCGAGACCACGCGGUGAAGAUGGAGGAAACAGAGCCGAGUACCGCGCCGCGGUUCAUCGUGUCCAUGCUCGUCCUCAUGACCACGUUAUUCUUCGGCGUGAUCGUCAUCGUGAUCGUUUACAUCGUUAGCCGGUUGUCACGGUCCGGCCGAGCCACGGAUUCACCGAAAAAUGCGGUAGAAUCGGAAAAAGUGAAAUUCGAGGACCUAAGGGAGCCCACGACCGGACCGCCUGGGACUGGGACAACUGGAGGAGGCGGUAUAGGCAGCAACAAACGCGCCAAGAACAAGAAGAGGCGCGAGGCGCAGCAAGAGUUCACGCACUCGUGGAUGGUGGGUGCGUUGAAGGGACACACGGCCCCUGUUUUAGACAUGAGUUUCUCUAGUAACGGCAAGUUCCUCGCAAGUUGUGCUGAAGAUUGCGUCCUGCGGCCGAAAGUGGAGGUGCUGGACCCUGGAGAGACGGAACUUUACGGAUCAAGCAAGGACACCAGCCGAGAGACGCCUUCGUCGACCAAACCGGCGGCCGGGAAGAGCAAGUCCCCGUCAUCCCCGUCGUCGUCCUCGUCCUCGUCGUCGUCGUCGUUGUCGACCGGCGCCGGGUCAUCGGGUAGCUCGGGCUCACUGGUGAAAGAGGACCGAGCGAUCCUGAGCAGGAGACAGCGGAAGAACAGGACUAGAGGGCCCAGGGAUCAACGCCGCGAGCGCGACGACGAGGACGAGCAGCCCGAGCAACAACAGCAACAGCGACACCGCAGACACUGUCGGCCGCAGUAUUCCAACAGCGCCACAGGAAACGGGGCAUCAAUCGACGCAGCCUCCGGAGAGGUUAGAACUGCAACAGUGUCCAGAAGGGACGGUUCGCAAAAUGAUGUACAUAAGGACGAGCCGAAGAUCGGCGAUAUCGACGACACCAUGGACGUGUCUGGCGCAGACGGCAACGGCACCAGGCUGUCCAGGGUGUUUUAUAGCAGCUUGCGCAGGGAGUUGCGUCACUUAAGCGAUGCGUCGCUAGCUUCCCUGUUGCGCAGGUACACGUUGACCGGGGAGCAGUUGGCCCAUCUAGGCUACCCCAUCGAGUGUAGCUACUACCCGGGUUACGUAGUUAUACUCAAUUAUCACCAGCACCCGGUGGCCCAUCGGGCCAGAGCCUAUCACCAUCUGGACGCCAAUGCCCGCGAGUUCGUGCCCGGCAACGGUGGCGCGUCCUGGACGACGGUGGAGAGCGAGGCGGACAGCGGCAACUGCAGCAGCAGCAGCAGCUCGGUGGACAGCUCGGAUCUCGAGCAAGAGAGCGCCUCGGACAGCGACAAGAACUCGGACAUAGGCGAGUCCUCGUCGGCAGAUUCCGCUUCUUCGUCCUCGUCCUCUUCGUCCGGCACCGGCUACCAGGAGAAGUCCAGGAGGAACUCGACGCCGGAACCCUACGAGAUGAUCGUCGCGGAGAGACGGUGCGCCAGGUGCUACAAGAGCUUCUACGUGAACCGCGAGGACGGGCAGUACCUGCACGAGGAGCGGUGCGUGUACCACUGGGGCAAGUUCCGCAGCUGCAUGGUGGACGGCGCCCACCACGACACGUGGGAGUGCUGCAGGGACAAGGAGGGCUCCAGAGGGUGCACCACCGCCAGGAUGCACGUGUGGACCGGCCUGUUCCCCGGGUACAACGGCCCGUUCGACGGCUACGUGCGGACGCGACCCGCCAGGACCGUGCCCAAGGACGGCAACUACGGUGUGUACGCGUUGGACUGCGAGAUGUGCUUCACCAGGCGGGGCCUGGAGCUGGCCAAGGUCACCGUGGUCGAGGUGGACGGCAGGGUGGUGUACGACACCCUGGUCAGGCCCGACGCCGAGGUGAUCGACCACAACACCCGGUUCAGCGGGAUCACGGCGAGCGACCUGUCGAGGGCGUCGAAGACCCUCAGGGACGUGCAGAAGGACCUGACCAGCUUCGUCCACGCGGAGACGAUACUGAUCGGCCACGGGCUGGAGAACGACCUCAGGGCGCUCAGGAUACUCCAUCCGACCGUGGUCGACACGUGCAUCACGUUCCCACAUUUCCUUGGCUACCCCUUCCGCAGCAGCUUAAAGACACUGGCCAGGACCGUGCUGCGGAGGGACAUUCAGGUCACGGAACACGACUCCGUCGAGGACGCGAGGAUCGCGCUGGAUCUCAUGCUGAAGAGGAUUCAACAUGACCUCUCGUAGAACGGGAGACGGAGAGUGAGUCGAGGGAGGACAAAGAGAGGCCGAGAGAAAGAAGGUACCAUGCGCUCGAGAACGUAGACUGUGUAACUGCCGGUCGCAUUGGUACGGCGGUCGAGGGAGAGGAUGUCCGUCACGGGGUCCCUCGUUGCACCGUUGUCCCGUCGGCGACCCGUUUCUUCUUUUCCUGCCUUCUUCCAUUUUGCUAGUUUCCAUCGUCUUCUACGCGACGUCUUCUCUCCUCUCUUUGUACCCUCGACGCGGAUCAAGGUGCUAACGAGAACGGACACCGGUGAUCCGCAGCGCCGCGCAAACUCUCUUCCGUCAGUGUUCAGUUCCAAGUGAAGUCUGUGAUACGUUACAUAUACAGAAAAAGAAACUCACGCGCGCCAGCUCGCUAGCUCGCUCGCACGCACGCACGCUCGCUCGCCCGCUCGCUCGCCCGCCUGCCCGCGCGAUCCUCGAUUCUCUUCAGGGACGCGCGAUCACUCGCACAGAUGGACUUUAGACAUACGCAUCACCCAUGUACACAUACUCGAUCGAUCAUGAGCUCAGUCUCUCAUCGUGUACGCGACGUGUUUCGGUACGCGUGCCGCACGUUGUCGAGGAAAUGUUCGGCGUGGUUGUGCCGUGGUGCACGCGGGAACAGAGGACGAUUGAUUUUUGCCUGGAUUCCCCUCGACGCGUUCGAUGUCGUUUCGACCUCGAUCGCGUUUCGUCGGAUCCAACGGACCUGCGUGAAGUAUUCGGACGUUGAGAACAGUCAUUGAGUUCCUAAACGUAAUCUUGUAACAGCAAGCGACUGUGCCUGUGGCAUUAAUUGCAGUCUCUUAAGGUACACUGACGCUGAUAGCUGAGCCGUUAAUUCCCGUGUAGUCGACGCAUUUUUCCUUCUGAGCCGGUGUUCCCGUUUUCUCUCGCGUCCACCACGCCGCGCACGUCUACUCGAAUAUUCUUUUUAUUCUAGAAUCUCUGAUAUUUUUAGGACCAGACGAAGAUGUUUUAGUUUGACGCGAUUUCUCUUUUUUUUGUUCCUUCGACGGUGUUUAUGUACCUUAUUUAUAGCAUAGUAGCUCGUACGAAAAGUCUGGUGCACGAGGUGUGUCGCCGAUGAUCCGAUCGUGGAUGUCAAACGACCCUCGCCCGGGAUCCAGUACCGGAUGGGUGGCAACAACCCCGCCCACCGCACGCAGGGGGAAAAUCUAAUAGAAUUUUUCUCCCCCUCUCAUCUUUCUCCCCCAUUUUCUUGGUUUUAUUUCUACAGUUUCUUGGUGGCGACGUUGGUCGAGUACUUGGAAUAUGAUAUAUGUAUGAGUGCAAAAGUGUUGUUUGUACACUGAGUUCCACGUGUGUGUAUGUGUAUAAUUAAUGAUAGUACAUGUAGCAAUAAACCACGAAUCGCGCGUUGUUUUAUCUAAUCUCUUUCGAGUUGACUCGCGUAUGUGCCGAGCCGCGGGAGUACUCGACAGAAAGUAUAAUUAAAAUAAAUGGAUCAUUUUCCAAGUAUUCAGACAAUCGGGGAUGAAAAGUGUUACUUCCAACAAAAACACACUCUCAGCAUUCGUCGUGAAGUGCUUCUCGAAGUAUUUUCAAGAAAAUUCAUAUCUUUCCCCCCUUUUAUCUUAACAAUAUCCGUUUUCCUUCGACUCCCAAGUUGCGUCCAGCUGGGCUACCGGAACGCUGAUGGUAAUUGAGGAUACUUACCUAACCCGGGUAGUAACUGCACCCGAUUGGGUAGCCCAGGUGGACCAAUUGUUCCCCGGUCAGCGUGUCCUGCGCAACAGGGAAGCUAGCGACGCAUCGCUAAAGUGACGCAGCUCUUUGCGCAGGCUGCUAUAAAACACCCUGGACAUCCUGGUGCCGUUGCCAUCAUCUGUGCCAGGCACGUCUAUGGUGUCAUCAUUGUCGUUAUCGCCGGUCUCCGGUUCGUCCCGAUACACAUUAUCCUUUGCGACCUGUCCCUUCGAGACGCUGUUGCGUUUCUAGUCUUUGCGGCGGCAGCGUCGGUUGAUUACUCCGUUUCUUGUCGUGCUGUUAGAAUCCUGCGACAGCAUUGUUCGCAAGUGUACAGGAAACAAAAACUCUUCUUACGCUCGCAGAAAGUAUUCAAAGAAUUCGAAAAGUAGUAAUAUAAAGUUCCUUCGAAGCACUUCACGAAUCCUAAGCGUGUGGAAGUACUUGAGCGCGCGUGUAAAAAAGAAAUAUAACCCAAGUACUUCGAACCUCUCGAGAGAACCUUGAAGUCUCGAGAUCUCGCGCGAAAGUAUACUUCGAGUCGUCCUGCCGAUCAACGAAUCGCCAUCAUAUAAAAUGAUCUCAGUAAAUAAGUUCCAAGUAAAUAACGAAGAAACGAAGUAAAGAAAACUGGCAUGAGGAAAAACAAAAUACGGGGAUUCUCCUGUAUUCGAUUAGGUAUAAUCCGCGCGACGUUUUCCUCGGCAAGCGCGCUACUGCGCACCCAACACGCGCGUGUAAAUGGACUUUCUGCGUGGAUCGUGUACCAUUGCACCUGUGUGUAAUCGAAACACACGCAAAUGAGUACAGCUAAUGAAACUACGAACGACACGAUUCCAUUGCCUUAUUACAUAAAAAAAAACCAAUUUAAAAAUUGCCGUAAUUCAAAUGUUCAUUCUUUCUCGCGUAUCAAUACUAAUCAGUGAAACGUAUCAGUUUAUAUUUUCCAAUAUCCUAGUCGUUCGUACACUUUCAUUACCUGGACAUCCGUGUAUACACACGUGCAAUAAAUAUCUGUAAUAGAGUAUACAUUUAUGAGUGUAUAUAUAUAUACAUUUCUAUAUACAUAUAUACAUACAUACAUCUAUACGUCUACGUACACUCGAAUACGUAUGCGCGCAUACGUACGCGUCUUUAUACCUUUACGACCUUCCUCAUGCAUAUUUCAUCCGAUGUGGUUUUUUCGUACACGUACAGCGAGAGGAGGACACGCGGCGUCAUUGAUGCUGGUAAGUG